AUGGCAACAAAUCCUAACGAGGGUAGAUUGCAUCCGAUGGAAUUGGGAUGUAGUACUCUUCCUUGUCCGCCUUACACAGGAGGUCGCGAAGUGCAGUGCGCUCAGUGCAGCUAUCGGUCGACGUGCCCGCUCUACGUCGACGGACAAGAUUGCGUCUCCGAAUGUCCGACGAAUCAGUACGCCGACUCGUCGAAGCUCUGCCGACCGUGCGAUCCCGAGUGCGUCGGAUGCACGGACGCCGGUCCCUUCGCUUGCGUCGAUUGCCUUCACGUCAAGAACGACAGCCGAUGCGUGUCUCGUUGUCCUGCAGGAAAGACUGCAAACUCGAGUGGCGACUGUAUCCCGUCAACACCGCUAAGGGAUUGUGCAGGCACGCUUAAUGGAAACAAGACAGUCGACCGGUGCGGUGUGUGCGAGGGCGACGGAAGAAGCUGCAUUCGCAAGGCGGUUUUCACUCGCUGGGGACGUCAAGAUUGCCCAUCCGGAUCGAGAAAGCUCUACGACGGCUACAUGGCAACGUCUUACUAUACACACAGAGGCUCGGGCUAUAAUGCCCUCUGUCUAUCGCGACCGGGUCAUUCGUUUGCUGCUACGGACACUAAUCAGGAUGGAGCGCUGCUGUACGGCACUACGUUUCAAACGAGCGGUUACGGAGUCAGUGCGCUGAAUCGUGUGCACGGCUACAAAGUGUCGUGCUCCGUAUGCGAAUCUCGAAGCACCGCCGCGCACGUCGUACACGGUACGUAUCUGUGUCCGUCUGGAUGGCAGUUGGAGUAUCGGGGAUAUAUAAUGGCCAACCAUCAUUACCAAUUGUCGGGCCAGACUCAUUACAGUAACGAAUAUGUGUGUGUCGACGAACUUCCUGACACAUCGCUCGGUUCAGGAGGCAGUGGCGGGUAUUUGUAUCCGUGCGAAGUCGAGUGCGGAAACAUCCCGUGCUCGGUCUACACGCAAAACAGAGAGAUAGUGUGUUCAGUGUGCUCUAGUCCCGCAGAUAAUACGACCGGAUCCGUAUACACACGCUGGGGGAGAAGAAGCUGUCCGUCUCGGACGCAAUUGCUGUAUGAAGGUUAUGCAGCUCAUGACUAUUACAGUCAUACGGGGUCCGGCGCAAACGAUUUGUGUUUGAGUAACGAGCCGACGUAUCUGAGCUACUCGGAUAGCGAUCAAAACGGUGCGCUCAUCUAUGGAGUCGCCUACGAGUCAAGUGGAAUGUCACCGAGCUUCGACGCUGUUUACCAUCGCACCGCACCUUGUGCUGUCUGUUUCACUCCGGCGGAUGCCAACGUGCUGCAUCCGGGAAGGAACGACUGCCCGACCGGGUGGUCGAUCGAAUAUACGGGGUAUUUAAUGGCCGAAUAUUAUAGUUCCAACCGUAGAAGUUCGUGGGUGUGCGUGGACGAGAUGCCGGAGUCGCUAGCAAGUCAGGCGGGUACGGAAGCUCGUUGGUACACGACAGAGAUCGAGUGCGGCAGCAUUUGGUGUCGCAGCAAGGAAGGACAGUAUAUACAAGAUCGGGAAUUGUCUUGUUCUGUCUGCAUUCCAGACGAUCCUACGAGUUCGGGCACGUACAACUCGGCGACGUAUAUUCGCUGGGCACGAGAAGAUUGCCCGUCAUCUGACCACACUCUCGUGUACCAUGGCUUUGCUGCUGGAGGUCGUCACAACUACUAUGGUGGCGGAGUUGGUGUGCUCUGUAUGCCAGAGUUACCGUCGUACGGUCACUACAGGGAGGGCAGCCAGAACGGAGCUUUAUUGUACGGCUACGAGUACGUAUGGCAAGGCAAUUUCUUGGGGCAAGACAUGAACAUGAGAAGAAUUGAGAAUCACGAGGUGCCGUGUGCUGUGUGCAUGAAUAGGAAGGCGAUUUCGACGUUUACUUUGUAUGGCGAUAAGGUGUGUCCAGCUGAUUUUGAAGUGGAGUACUGGGGUUUUGUAUUCUCCCACCACUAUACGCAUCGUAAGGGUCAACAUAUAUGCGUGGAUCAUUCGCCUACAGCGUAUCCGCAUCCUAAUGGAAACACAGACAACAAUCAAGGACUCCUGUAUCCAGCUGAAACAGAAAUAGGCUCGUUGCCGAGUCCUCCGUUUACUGGUAACAGGGAGGUUCUCUGCGCUCAGUGCAGCCGUCGGCACUAACUAAAAACCGCAAAACUGCAAAGUCGGGUAGAAGUUUGGUAGAUGGAUAGAUAGAUAUAGAUGCGGACUUAGAUAGGUUUAUUGAUAUAGAUAGAUAUAUUUAUAUCUAUCUAUCUAUAGAUAGGAUUUAUUGGUAUAUCAUAGAUAGAUGGGUAUUGUAUAGCACGGCUAUAUAGUUGUGGUGACAGCGUUUAUCUGCUUGAAGUAAGUGAGUACGUAGCUCUCGAAUUGCAGUACUACUGGGUGUAGAAAUACUGUA